AUGUUCAAAGGCAUCUCCCAUGGGCUACUGUUCCUCAGUGCACUACUGAGUGCCUCUGGGAUCGUUCGAGCCGACAAUCCGCUCGUACAAGACAUCUACACGGCUGAUCCUGCACCAAUUGUCCACGAUGGCCGUGUCUACCUCUUCACCGGACACGACAAUGACGGCUCUACAGACUUCAACAUGACCGAUUGGCGACUGUUUUCGUCUGCAGACAUGGCUAACUGGCAGCAUCAUGGCACGCCCAUGAGUCUCAAGACAUUCAGUUGGGCUAGCAAUAGAGCCUGGGCUGGUCAGGUUGCCUCUAGCAAUGGCAAGUUCUACUUUUACGUCCCAGUGCGUAAUGGCAAGACUGGGCGAAUGUCCAUCGGAGUCGGUGUCAGUAACAACAUUGCUGGCCCUUACAGUGAUGGACUUGGGCGUCCACUUGUUGAAAACGACGAGAUGGACCCAACGGUCUUUAUCGACAGUGAUGGGCAAGCGUACCUGUACUGGGGCAACCCUGGUCUCUACUACGUCAAGCUCAACAACGACAUGCUUUCUUACAGCGGCGGCAUCAACAAGGUCAGCCUGACCACAGCCGGAUUUGGCACCCGUCCCAAUAAUUCCCAGCGACCCACGAACUUCGAAGAGGGCCCAUGGCUGUACAAAGGCGGAAGCCUCUACUGCAUGAUUUAUGCAGCAAACUGCUGUUCCGAGGAUAUUCGCUACUCAAUUGGGCCGAGCGCAACUGGGCCCUGGACUUACCGCGGGGUCGUCAUGCAGCACGAGGGCAAAAGCUUCACCAACCACCCUGGCAUUAUCGACUUUGAAGGCAAAUCCUACUUCUCUUCCACAACAAGCUUCAACUACGGAUCCAACGGGCUAAUCCCCGAGAUACGCAUGGCCCAGCAAGGCCCGACCCAGCUCAAGCCUCUCGAUCCAUUGGUGCGCCAAGAGGCAGAGACUAUUGCUUGGUCUCAGGGUAUUGAAAGUGAGACCUGCAGCGAAGGUGGCUUCGAUAUCACCUCGAUCAAUAACGGGGACUACAUCAAGGUCAAGGGAGUUGGCUUCGGUAGUAAUGGCGGCCCCAAGUCUUUCAGCGCUCGUGUUGCUUCUGGUAGUGGCGGUGGCAAGAUCGAGCUUCGACUCGGUAGCAUAACCGGCAAUGUUAUCGGCACAUGUAUGGUGACUUCUACCGGCGGUUGGCAGAAUUGGGCCACCGUGGAAUGUCCCGUUAGUGGUGCUACAGGUACCAACGAUCUGUUUCUCCGGUUCACUGGCAGUGGAUCGGGUGAUCUGUUCAACUUUAACUGGUGGCAGUUCAAGUAA